GGCUGUGCACACUCAGCACUUUCCCGCUGGCCUAUUUAAAGCCGGCCAAGAGCCCCGUGGCCCUUUCUUUCCCUCUCCUGGCACGUCUCAGCCCAUCCAGCUGGACUUUCUUCCUGCAGCCAUGAGCUCYGGAGCAGCGGCCGGGCCGAUCUUUGCCGAGGGCGAGGACUGCAAGGCAGCCUGGAGCAAGGCCAUGGCCGGCUACGAUGAGCCCGAUGCCCACCUGGAGAUCAUGGGCAAGCCGGUGAUGGAGCGCUGGGAGAUGCCCUACAUGCACUCCCUGGCCACUGUGGCUGCAUCGAAGGGUGGCCGUGUGCUCGAGGUGGGAUUUGGGAUGGCCAUCUCCGCCUCCAAGGUGCAGGAAUUCGACAUCGAGGAGCACUGGAUCAUCGAGUGCAAUGAGGGCGUUUACCGGCGCCUGGAGCAAUGGGCCAAGGCMCAGCCACACAAGGUGGUGCCCCUGAAGGGGCUGUGGGAGGACGUGGUGCCAACGCUGCCUGAUGGGCACUUCAGUGGGAUCCUGUACGACGCCUACCCGCUGUCGGAGGACACGUGGCACACACAUCAGUUCGAUUUCAUCAAGGCCCACGCCUUCCGCCUGCUGCGGCCGGGAGGGGUUCUCACCUACUGCAACCUCACCUCGUGGGGGGAGCUGCUCAAGACCCAGUACAGCGACAUCCAGAAGAUGUUUGAGGAAACCCAGGUGGGGCAGCUGGUGGAGGCGGGGUUCAAGCGGGAGAACAUCAGCAUGACGGUGAUGGAGCUGGAGCCGCCUGCGGAGUGCCGCUACUACUCCUACCCCAAGAUGAUCACCCCCACCGUGCUCAAACACUGACGGGCAACCCCCGGGAGAGGGGCUGGCCGUGUGCUGAUGAGGAGGAGAACGGCUCUGAUCUGCUUUGAUGGCCCCCAAAGAUCAGAGCUGAUUCAUCCUGAGAUGCGUGGAGGUUUGGGAUGGAAGUGCUGGAUUCCAGUGGAAAAAUGGGAAACACCCUCCCUCAGGAGCCCCCUAACCUUUGGGCUCUGUGGAAGAAGAUCCCACCCUCCUCUGUCCCUUAAAUUCUUGCAAUUCUCAGUUAAGCUGGAAUUUCAGACUCUGGUUCGGAGCCUUUGGCUGAAGGGGUUCCAGAACCAUCCUUUCCCUAUAAAAACUGCAUCAUUUUGAGAAAUCACAGGGUGGCUUCCCACAAGAGCUAAAUAAUCCAAACCAGGUGGGGAAACAGGGCAGUUUGAGGCAUUUUGAGGCAUUUUGAGGCAUUUCAGCUUCUCCUGAAGCAGCUCCCCAGGGAAGUUUCCCAAAACCUUCGGCCAAGCUCCACAGCAGCAAAUCCUAACCCAAACACCCCCUCACAGCUCAAUAAAUGAUGUUUCCUCUCUCCCCGGAAGGGAUAAAGUCCAUUAAAAGGAAUGAAAUACCCAAA